UUAUUUUCUCCCGUCUUCUGUCAGGUGGCAUGUUGAAUGGACUGUCGACAGACGAGGUGUGGAAGUACUCGUCUCGUACUGGGAUCUGGAACAAAGACUCUCCCAUGCGCCAGGCCAGGGAUGCACAUGGCUCAGCUGUGGUGGAGGGCAGUAUAUAUGUGGUUGGAGGUGAGGCAUCUGGUGCUAUCCUCAACAGUGUGGAGCGGUUUGACCCACUGACUAACAGAUGGGAGGACGUCCCUCCACUGGUAAAGGCGGUGUUUGGCUGCUCGGUUGCCGCACAUCGUGGGAAACUGUACGUGAUCGGAGGAGUGGCCAACAACGGCAGCAACAUGCAGUCCCACCUGAUACAGUGCUACUCACCGGAAACUCGGAUAUGGACCUCCAUCGAAUCCCCGCUCGUGGACAACAAGGCUGCGCCGACGGCAGUCCUGAACGAUAACAUCUACAUCAUUGGGGGUUUCUCCAGCAGCUGUACCGUGUACGAACCUGGAACAAACAACAUCCAGCGUGUGGCGGACAUGCAUGUUCCACGUGCCUUACAUGGGUCUGCUGUGGAAGGGAACAAGGUGUAUGCCACUCGGGGGGUUACCCGAUGUGGGAAACCUCCACAUGACACCAUGGAGUGCUAUGAUCCUGCCACUGACACAUGGGAAUACAGGCUGCACUUCCCAAGGCUAUUAUGUCCAUGGCUCAAAUGUAGUACAACAGACUAG